CGCCGUAGCGCGGUCGCAAGCUUGAGCGCUCUAUCGGCUACGAAUAUUGAAAGUUAGAAAAGUUCAACUUUCUGUGUGUGAGACAUUCACGCAGAUGGAGGGUCGUUCUCGUAUCCAACAAAACGACCUGCUCCUCCACGAAGCGGUGAUCAAGAAUGAGCCAGCGGCGGUGCGGGAGGCGCUGCAGAGACCAGCUGACGUCAACUGUAGGAACAAUUACGGCAGAGCGCCCAUCCACUGGGCGGCUAGCAGAGGCAACGUCGAGAUUAUCAAAUUGCUCAUUGACGCGAAAUGCGAUAUUGAAGCUGUCGACAAGUUCGGCAUGCGGCCGUUGCUAAUGGCGGCGUGGCACGGCCAUCUCGAUGCAGUGCAGAUGCUGGUCCAGGCUGGCGCUUGCCUCGCUGCUACUAAUAAGAAACAAAACGACCUCCUCCAAUGCGCAUGCGCUCGGGGCGCGUACGAUGUGGCGCAGUACGCAAUCUCGAUUGGCGCGCGAGUGCAGACCUCCGACAUGGCGGGCGACGCGCCGCUUGCGCAGGCAUCGCGCGCGGGCUUCACUAAUGUUGUGGAACUGUUGCUGGACAAGGGGUCUUAUAUUGAUGCUGUUAAUAAGGUUGGUCGGACAGCGCUCCACGUGGCUUGUGAAGGCGGGCAUAGUAGCACUGCUGCUCUCCUGAUAACUAAAGGCGCGUCUCGUGAGGCGAGAGACAACUCGGGUCGAACUCCGCUACACAUUGCUGCGGUGCAUCGACACACGGAGCUAGUGAAAACACUAUUGGAAGCUCAGUGCAAUGUGGAUGCUGUUGAUAACAAUGGAGUAACGGCUCUACAAAUGGCCUGCGCUCAGGGUUGCCGAGGAAUUGUCGAACAUCUACUCACAUUUGGAGCCGAUGUACACUUACAGAACAAUGUGGGAUCUUCAGCCUUGCAUGCGGCGUGCGCAGCUGACGCGACAGACAUUGUAGAGUUGUUGCUAGCCCGUGGAGCCGACCCUGCUCUCACAGACCAAUGGUCACAAUCUCCGCUGAGCGUGGCAGGGGGCGCGGCGGACUCUCCUCCGGAGGGCUUCAGACGAGCAGCCAGGGGAUCCUUCUCAGCUAUAUUAGACCUGCUGACAGCCACUGCUAACCUUGAUCAUCAUCAGGAUCAUUCAGAUGGGUCAACGAGUCCUCGUGUGGAGGAAAAGUCCGGUGGACGCUCGCCCGGGCCUAAUGAGGUGAUGGAGAGCGACAAUGAAAGGUGAUGGUCGGCUACCACGCUGCUGGAUCGGCUCGCGCAACGUGGCUUUGCGGCUGACACGCGUUUGGCUCUACCACCUACAGGUUGCGCAAGGUACAGGGAGCUGUGCUACCGAGCUGCGCAGGCGCACCUCCCGUACGAAGACCCGCGGCCCUGCGACUGUACCAACUGCGCCGCAAGAAGACUUUCAGAUCUUACCUAGAUAUCAAUUACCUACAUUACCAUAGUCCAUUUUGCGGACAAUUUAAAUCAUAUUUGAUUUUUGAAGAUGUUACACUUAGGUUAUACUUGCCAUUAUUCUUUAUAGACUAAGUAAUUUUAACAAAAAUCUGCUAUUAUUGUGGUGAUUGUAUUGAACAUUUGAUAAUUAU